GGUCUAAGAACUUGCAUUAUCAAAACUGUCUCACCUGCUUAUAAAAGCGAUACACAAGUUGUCCCGGACAGCAGUUCGAUUUAGCUACUAGCGAUCGAAGGCUGACUUCUAUAGAUCAAAAUGAGGCUGUUGAUUGCUGUUUGUGUGAUGUGGAUAGGCUUUGCCACUAGCAACGCCGACUCCAGUCAAAGGUUGCAGAAGAUGGAGCAGAUAAUGAAAGAUCUGACGAAACAAUUGGUAACCCAGCAGUUCUACGUGGAAGAGAGGAUCCGCUCGGACGGAGACUCAGGAAUCAAACAAGUCAGGCGUAUUUCAACAGGGACGGAUACGUACAACUCUGAGACGACCAGCGCUGUACAUUCCCAUCCUAACUACAAGGAUGUCAUAGGCUUUGGGGAAGUCAACGUUGUUCUGAAUGGCGUUGAAUUUCGAACCCGACAUAAUGACUACUCCCUAGUAAUGCCUAGCCACCACGCCAAUGCGUAUCAUGUAACAGAAAAAAUCCCAUAUCCACAAGUACCUCCAUCUGUUUUAGCAAAAAGCACGGUUCCCGAGCAAAUAGCGGAAAUGAAGGAAUAUUUCCGUGCAUUCAGGCUUCAAAAUUACACUAUCAGGAACUACGGGAAUUUCUUCAAGCCGGUCUUGUGUUAUUUGGAAGGUAACUGGGAAUGGAACACGAACCACCUUCACGAACCCUUCCAUAGCGAGACCCACCAUCUGGACGCGGAAAGUUACGAUGCUCUGGUUGACAAGGUCAGACUCAACUCCUACACAGGAAUGAGCGACCAGCAUCAAAAUGUAGCCUACCUUCCUAAGAAAAUAAUGGAUAUUGACGAGAAUGGGAAUCCUAGAUACGCCCAGUGGAACUAUAGAAUUCUUUGUAAUCCUCUGAAUCAUGUAGACCUCAAAGUUUUCAAACCCAUUGACGAUAUCGCUUUUAGAAUGUCAAGAAAAUACAAUAUGUCAACAUACACUCGUACCGACGAGGCCAGGUUUACCGUUGCCGCUGAACCACACAGGGCGACAUUUAAUCAGCGGGAGGGGUACGGAAUGUUUGAGGAUAAAGCCUAUGCUAGAGGAGUACUUGAUAACCUUAUGCACCAGGUUCCGGGGGCAAACAAUUAUCGCGGUGGCCAACAGGACACUGAAUUCAACGAAACGGCACUUUAUGCCGAUCUUGGACAUGAACGACGGGAAAACACGGCGCGAUACCACCGCGAGUACCGACUCCACCACGGGAUGCAGUUUAACCAAAGGGGAUUUUCCGACAACAACUUGUGGGUUGCCCAGACUCACCAGAAUAGAGUCGCUUCAAUCACUUUAAGGUCGUGCAAAACUGUCGGUACACUAAAAACCAACUGCACGUCUACGACAGAAAAAUUUACCUACGCCAUACCCUUGGAGAUAAUUUAUCUGAACCCAUUGCACUCAUGGAACCCAUACAAACUUGAAAUGAAGAAUGAAACCAUGGUUACAGAAAAUGGCCGCACUGGAGAUGCGCACAAUGCCCAUCUAGCUUACAAUGGUAUUUCUCCUUCUCAGUUCUACCAGACUCCGUCUGAGUUCUUUGGAAACACAGCUGGACAGGAAGUAGGCGUUCUUGACCCCAGUGGUUCCAUACACCGUGUAAUGGCUUCUGGAAUUCAGACCAUCCUACCAAACAUUCCUGGAGUUGGUGUCGUGAGACAAAGAUGGCCGAUCUACCCUCUCCAUAGAGAGGGAGACAGCGUUGGGAAAGAAGCCGACGCCUUGCUGGAAAUGAUGAAUCACAUGUCGUCCAUGUCUACACUCUACCAAGCGCCAACGGUCCAAGGCAAACACGACACCGUAAAACCAGACCUCCAGUUCAGACUGAAUCCAUCACAGACUGACCCCCCGGGACCUCACGACCACGAGUUCUUUGUUUCAGCCAGCGACUGGGAGGACCUCAUCAACAAAAACGUCCUGGUUCGUGUCCAGACGUCACCGUCCGAGGGAAGCCAAGAGGAGAGCCACAGCCAUUACCUAGAGUUAGCCCUGGACAGACACACCCACAAACCAGUCAUCAAUAAGUGUGACGAACAGAAUCACCACUGCUGGGAUGGCCAUAGAGAGUUCGAGGAGGUCACCUACCCGCUCUUCUAACCUGUAAUUCAUAUUAAAUAAACCGUUUGUUUCCGA